AAUACGUUAAUCGGAUUCUAGUUAGUACAUAUAUUAAGAGCAAUUAAAACUGCGUCAUGAGUUGUACGACUUUGCCUUACUUUUUGUUGCUAAUUUUAAGCUAUGAUGCGAUGGGCUUUAAAGUCCCCAGCAUUGAAUUUGAAAUGCUAAGUGAUCAAGGAUUCGAGGUAUCCAUACCAGAUGAACCUGGCAUACAGCGGGUGUUCUACAUGCUCCAAAUAGACGACACUUGCCCGGCUUUAAUGGACUACAUCACGGAGGCGGUGAACGGUAGUUGGGUUUCUAAGCAGAAGACCAGUCUCCAGAACAACGACAAACUUCAGAUAUCAUUGCUGGUGCAGUACAAUGAUGAGAUCUUUGAAAAGAGUGAGACAAGAGUUAUCAUUAACACGCGGUUGCUGACAACCAGGGAUUCCAGCUCACGGAGUAUUACCUUUCCUUCGGGAGAAGGGGAGUGUCAGGCAUUCCUCGCACCGCAACAGCAACCCAAGCGCUGUAAGCCUGCCCAAACGAUCGUGAGCAAUGGCCGCCACACUUGCCAGGGCGAGCUCAUCUUCGAGGACAACUUUUCGGAGGCGAAACUAAACAAAACCACAUGGAAGCAUGACAUUCGGCAACGGAUGUAUCAUGUCGAGGAGGAGCUUGUGGCAUUCGACGAUGCCGAUCGAAACUCCUUUGUUAAAGAAGGCGAGCUCCACAUAGUUCCCACCAUAGCUACUGAGGUUACCAAUGGGAGUUUCAAACUGGGUGAUCGUUGUACAGCCGUUGAGAGUCCGGAUCAGGAGUGCAACAUUGCCGGCAGCUUCUACAGCAUUAAACCACCAGUUUUUUCUGCUCAAAUACACACACGAAACUCGUUUAGUUUUAAAUAUGGAAAGAUCGUAGUACGAGCUAAGUUGCCGAAGGGUGAUUGGCUUUUUCCUUAUUUGAUGCUCCAACCCGUUUCUACUUACGCGGAGACCCACUAUGCCAAACAAUUGCGUAUUGCAUAUGUCAGAGGUAAUGCUAAUUUGCGGACCAAGCAAGGAGAUGAUAUCUCCGGAAAUCAUCUUUAUGGCGGAAGCGUUGUUUGGCACCAUGGUAACCCUGUUCAGUUUCUUAAGGAUAAACUAAGUGAGACCCACUACGGCGAUGAUUUUCACAACUAUACCAUGAUCUGGCAAAGAGAUAAGAUUACUCUGAUGGUGGACGAGGAGGUAUACGGAGAGCUCUACGAUGGAUUGCCAUUCUUCAACGAGAAGUGUUUUAUUAUCUUUGGCGUGACAGUAGGAGGUUUUCUAAAUUUCGAUGAUAGCAUUUUGGUCAAGGAUGUGAAACCCUAUAAGAACAGAGAACCGAGGGCUGCACUCUCCUUUUGGCAGCACCGCGAUGCUUGGGCUCCAACUUGGGGCAGACAAAGCGCCAUGAUAAUAGAUUAUGUUAGAGUUUAUGCCGAAUAACAUUUUAACAAUUAUAAACAAUUCGACACAAAAAAACUUUUGAUAAAUGCUUGAAAUUAAGGUAAAAUCUGCUUGACUAAUUAUAUAAUUAGUUUCUCUUUUGCUUGUUUGUAAAGCUGA